AUACAGUUAAUUUUUAUUCACAGGGAGAAAAAAAGAAAAAACAGCUGUUGUUGGAAAAGAAAACAUCAAAAAAUGCCGGCCCCAAAGAGAGGACCAGCUCCUCAUGAUUCACAGCCCAAGAUGAGGAAGUUGGAUGAGGAUGGGGAGGCUCUGCCAUCCAAAACUGCACCAGUCAUCAUCAAUAGGUCCUUUAGAAUGGAAAAUGCAAGAGAAAAUUCAGCAGCCCCCCAUACUAAGAAGAAACUGUCAACUUCAACGGCAGAGGGAAACAAGUCAUCCAAAAUCAGUUCCCCUCCAAAGGAUUCCAACAAAACCAUUUCAGACCCGCCUGUUGAAAAAGCCAAGCUCCUGAACGCCACAAGUGCCUCCUGUGGAGAAGCUCCCUCACAGAAGGCUAACUCCAAAGCUUCCCUGAAGCGAACAGCCUCCACAGAGUCUGACGAGGAGCUGAGUAGCGAUGGUGGUAAGAGUGACCCCUUUAGAGAGAGGGACGAUGGCAACAAGGCUCGCUGCAUAAGAAAAUAUUCAAACAGAGUCAAAGCGAAGCGCAAGGCUGAAGACUCAUCUUCUGACCUACAAGAAACAUGCCAAGGGCUGCCAUCUGCACCUACAGACCUUAUACAGAUGGACCACGAUUAUGGUAGAUUCUCAGUUUUGCCAGAUAUUCAAAACAUGUGUGAGGAUAAUCAGAAUGCAAAAAGAGAAUCUGAGUCUGUUGCUGAACCUGAGAGACAAGAAAAGUCAGGAAAAGCAGCACAAGCAGGGUCAAAGGAAACUUCAGUCACCGUAUCAGGUAGUGCUAAGGCUAGUGUCAAAUCUGAGUGCGCAGUCGAUGGAAGUAAACAUGAGGAAUUUAUAAAUAAAGUCCAAAAGCUCACAGAUGGCGAAACACUACCAUCGUCUAGAGAAUUAUUAGACUCUGUCACUGCAGAUACUCCUUGCAUCAUACCUGGUGCGAAGGAAAAUGAAAAAAAGGAUGUUGAGUCCACCAAAAGCGAAAAGGAUGUAGAUGAUGAACCACGAGCGCUGUCGGCGGAAACAUUAUUUUCCGUUACUGGAGAGUUCGGUCCAAGCUGUGAAGGUAAAGACCAGGGCAACGAAAAAACAGCAUUGGCUUGCAGAGCAGAAAGUCAGAAAGAUGUGAGCAGUGAAAUUGAAACAAAGGAGACCACAGAGUUAGUUUCUGAAGGGAUGAAAGUGAAUAUAACAUGUAAAUCCAAGCAAAGUGAACAUGAAAUGAAGGGCGCAUCUGAAGCAGCUAGUGUCUCCGCAGAGCAGAAAGAUUUCGUUAAAGAAGAGGAAGCAUUGUCAAACAAAACAAACUCUGCACCAGAAGAGAUCUUGGUAGGAAAUAGUAACCCUGGGAGUCAAACAGAUCUGAAUGUCAAAAUUCAAGUUACUUUUAAUGAGAAAUCGAAAUCUGUGCACAUGCCGGAAGAAGUGCCAGAUAAAAUGACCAAGUCUUGUGGUGGUGAGAACAAAGUAGCGAGAAAGUCUGCCUAUGAGCUUGAAGAAAAGGAAAUAAUAGGAGUUGAACCUCAGUCGACUCAGCCUGUCGCUAGUCCUGGGUCUUUGGUUGAGGCACAGCUGAGCCAUGAUGUGACAGAUAGCUGUACUGAAAUAAUGACUCCUGGUUGUGAGGCAGCUCAUGUGCAAAAUCAAAGUGUCACAGUUCAAGGGGAUCAAAUUGACAUGGAAAUGCUGACUGAGGGGAUUUCUGACUCAGCACCUGGAGUGGCUAUACAAAACCAGGGGAACCACAAAGUUUAUGACCACGCCACAGACAUACCUGCUGAAGUUAAAGAAGAUGUGACGGUUGAAACUUCUACAAUUAUGGAAAGAGAAAAGACGAAUUUUGAGUGUCCCCCUGCACCACAGAGUCAAAUCAAAAUCGAUUUACCCGCUUCAGUGACAUCAGAGCAAGAGAUUUCUAAUCCAGCCUCUACAGUGGAAACACAAGGCCAGAAACACCAAGAGGUUUGUGAACCUAUCACAGACAUAUCUACUGAAUUUGAUAAGGAUCAUAUGCUUGAAAAUGCAUCCACAGAAGAGAUUUGUCAUUCAGAUCACGAAAUGGAAAUACAAAAUCAUGACGAGCAAAAGAGCGGAGAAUUUACUACAGACAUAUCUAUAGAGGUUCAUGGAGAUAUUAUGAAUGAGAAUUCUGAAACUUUGGCAAAUGACGGCAACGAGCACUCUGCGUGUGCUUGUACACCCGAGCAUCAAAACAAAAUGGAAAUGCAAUCUAUAACUACCACAGAGAUUCCCAAUCCAGCGUCUGCACUAGGAGUGAGAAGGUACAAAAUCCCAGAGGUGAGUGAACGCAACACAGACACAUCUGAUAAAGUACAUGCACAUCCAGUGGCAAAUUGUCAGAGCACAGAAGAUGAAGACAGGGUUGAUGUUAAAUGUGUUGCUGCUCCAGAACACCAAACAGUCGUGCUUGUGCAGACUGCAGCUUCAUCAGAAGAGCUUUCUAACCCAGCAUCCACAGUGCAAAUACAAAACCAGCUAAGGCAGGAGGUCAGUGAACCUACCACAAACACGUUUGAUGAAUUUCACGAGGAGCAAAAAGUCGAAAAAUCUAAGUUUAUUGAAAAUGAAAACCAGGUGAACUUAGAACCUCUCAUUGAAAUGGAAAUGCCGAUGACAUUGACUUCAGAGAUUUCUGACUCGGAUCCUUCGGUGGAAAUACAAAAGACAACCACUGCAACAUUAGAGGAGCUAGCUAACAUAUCACCUGCAGUGGAAAUGAAAAGUCAGGAAGACAGUGGAAAUGCCACUGAAGUAUCUACAGAGUUUCACGACAACCAAAUGAUUGAAAAUUCUCAAAAUGUCAAAAAUAAACACAAGAAGAACUUUGAACCUGUGAGUGCACCAGUGAAUCAAAUCAGUCUGGAAAUUCUGACUACAUCUGAGAUUUCUAACACAACAUCUCCGGUUGUAAGAGAAAUUCGAAUAAGCCAAAAUGAAGCAGAUAUGGAGAUUACAGCAAAACCAGAGACUUCUAACGAAUCACCUACAGUAGAAAAACAAGGCCAAAAGGACAGUGAACAUAGUACUUACACAGCAAGGCCAUAUAUCACUAUAUCAGAGGAUCAUCAAAUGGAAAUGCAGCUUGCGUCAACAUCAGAGAUUGUUAUUCUGGCACCUAAAGUGGAAAUACAAAAUCAGAAAAGCCAAGAAGUCACUGAACCUGCAAGAGACACAUGUGAGGAGGUUCAAGAAGAACUUAAGUGUCUUAAAAAUGUCUGUAAUGAAAAUGGAAACAAGGUUAUCACAGGAUGUGUCAGUGCUAUUCAGGGUACAAUAGAAACAGAAAUGCGGACAACAGCAACACCAGAGGAGAUUUCUAACGCAACAACUGCAGUACAGACACAAAACCAAAGAGGUCAAAAGGUCAAUGAAGUCACUGCAGACGCUGAAGAUGCAAUCACUGCUUGGACUAACUGUAAGGAGAAACAGGAAGAGGUCGUCUCUGAAUGUGUUAGUGCUACUGAGAAUGAAACGGAAAUGGAUGCCGAAAAGGCAACAACAGAGGACAUUUCUGAACAAGGAUCUAUAAUGGAAAUGCAUAACCAAGGAAGCCAGGAGGUCAGUGAACUCAACACAGACACUGACUUUCAAAAAGAAGCAGCAGGUUGUUGGAAUCAGGAAAGUGAAGACAAAGUAACUUCUCAAUCUGUUAAUGUUCCAGAAAUUCAAACAAAUAUGGAAACAACUGCAGCCCCUGAGGAUAUUUCUAUUCCACCUAUAGCAGAGCAGCAGAUUUUUGGGCUGGAUGAAGUAACUAAACACACUGUAGACUUAUUAAAUACAAUUCAGAAAUCUCAUCCUGUGACUAAUUUGGAAAAUAAACAAAAUAAAAAUAUGCCUGAGACAGAGACCUGUGCUGCAGUCACCCAAGAGGAAAUGGAUGUAAUAAAUGGAUCAAUAGAAAUUGCAAAUGAUGCCUUAGAAGAGGGAAUAGGGAAGCAAAUGAUUAAUGAGGCCAAAGUAGAGGCUGAAGUCAUUCCAAGUGAUAAGUUUGACAAAACAGUCAGUUGUAUUGAAGGAACUGGAAGCAAUGAAGUAAUCAUUUUUGUUUGUGGCCAGCCAGAUGACAUUGAUAAUGUAAUUCAGGCAUCGGAAGAGCAGAUUAAGACGAUUAAUCAGUCAGAGGUUCAGCUUCACGAAAACCAGAUAGUGUAUGAGCCUAUUAGUAGUCCAGAAAGCUAUGACGAAAGGGAGAUGUCGACGGCGACAGAGCUGCAUGCUGGUGUUUCUUUACUGAAUUUACAGAACACAGAGACCCAGCAGAUAGUAGGAGAUGAAUCUACUAAUGAAGAAAACCAAAUCUGUGAGCCACAAGUAGAAAAUGAUGAGGAACAAAUUUGUGUAUCUGACAGCCAAGCAGCAGUGGAAAUGAAAGUACAAAGCAGCAGGUCGCCAGAAACUUCUCUCCCUGCACAGUUGGAGCAAAGGGACACUAUUGUGGAUGUGAAACAAGUUUCAGAGAUAAGCUCUAGCAAUGAUAUCAACGUGCCAGAUGGCCAGUCAGAAGAUGCUACAGAAAAAAAAGGCUUUUCAGAGUGCAUCAGUGCCUCAGAGUUGCUGGAGGUGCAGGAGGACGAUGGACUUCAGGAGGUGGCCGACGUCAUGGUGACAACAACUACAGCCGCUGCCAAAGCCGAGAUACCAGAUAGUUCAUCACAGGAGUAUGUGAUAUUAGAACCAAUACCUGAGAGCCAAAUUCACUUUGAUAUUGUCACUCAAGCAGUGGCCGAAUCGGGUUUGACCACCUCGCUUUCAGAGGAGGGGAAUCCGGACAGUGUAUCAGUGGGUGAAGUUGAAAACCUUUUAACUGGUUCACAACAAACUCUCCUCCCUAUGGCAGAAGAAAAAGAGGUCAAAUAUGCCACAUUGACCAGUUCUGGUGAGGAUACGGACACCAGGACGGUAAUAUCAACAGGGGACAGUUUUGAAGUCCAAAGUUCUAACCAUGACCAGCAACCAUUGUGUGACCCGAUGAACGUCAAUAACACAGAGAUGGAUAUGGCAACCUCUCAUUCCCAACCCACAAAUGAAGACUGUGAUGCUGUGCUAAUGGAGAAUAAUGAGGGUAAUUUGGAUCUACAAGUGCAGAUUCUGGAGGAUAUAGAGAUUGGUCGUGAGAUUGUAGUAGCGGAGGAAGAGCAUGAGGAAGACUGUGACAUUAUGAUAAUAGAAAAACCCCAGGAAACACCUGAGGUACCCCCUACUAAACAGGCUGACGAAAUGGUUAACAAGAAAAAUAAAGACGACACCAGUGGGACCAACUUGAAGCAAAACAGCACAGCUGGUGAGAAGGUUGAAGAUGAUAAAAAGAGACAGGAGGCGGAAAAACCCAAGAAGCAAGAAAUGAAUACACAAGCCAGAACCAAAGCUCGCCUGGCAGCUUUGGCUGAGCAAAAGGCGGCAGCAUCGAAGAGAACAGCAAACAGACAGAAGCUUAACCUCUUAGCUCUGUGUCAGGAACUCGCAGAGGACAUUGCCACAGACAGCAUGCUUCUGAAGAGGAUCGAGGAAGAAAAACAAGCAGCCGCUGCAGCAGCAGCCACUGCAGUAGCAGCAGCCGCAGCAGCGACAGCCAAAGGUGAAGCCAGCAAGAAGGAAAGUCCACCAGUUAGUACGCAGGAUUUAGAUACUAUUAACGUUGCAACUCCUGCUGGACCACAGGAGACUGCUUCAGUGACCCCUGCUGCGGAGACAUCUGAAGCCCAGCCCUCAACACCAGAUUCAGCUGAGGUCAAGCCUGCCGCAGAGCCUCCAAAGAGACGUUUCUUCAUCACACAAAUUUCAGUACCACUGAAAGCCCACGAGAAAAAGAAGCUAACUAGAUAUCAAAGACUGAGACAGGUUGAACUGCAGAGAGAAAAGAUGUCCUGGGCACGUGUCAAGAAACUUAAGUCCGACCAAGCAAAUCAGAUGUUUUCAGACAUGGAUUGGCAAGCACCCCUGUCUGCCACCUCUCCAUUUUCACCAUGUCCUGUGACCACAACUCCUCCACCUGCAGCCAGUCCAUUAAAAACGGCUCCCCCAAGUCCUGCCCCAAAUAGCAAACUUGCUACACCCAAGGCAGAAGUUCCCGAGGCUGAGAUUACUAAGGUUGAACCCGUCAAAAUAGAACCCACUAAGGCAGAAACCUCCAAAUCUGCAUCCAGUAAGGCAGAAACAUCCAAAUCUGCACCCACUAAAACUGAACUUAUUAAUACUGAGGCCUCUGAAAUGGAACCUCCUAAUACUGAAACACGUAGAAUCACAAGGCAAAGAAAGGCCCAAACUCCGGAAACAGACCCUAAACCUGGCCCAGCCCCCAAAGUUACCAGAUCAGCAGCCAAGAGAACUCUCCCACCAAUACCUCCUCCCAUGCCUAACGGACUUAAUACUCAAAAAACCAAGCAUGUCGAGUACAAGCCAUACAGACCCCGGCCAAAGUAUUCUCCUGAUGAUUUCGAAUUAGAUGAUGAUCCAUUACCAUCUGCUCCAACAAAGCCCAAUCCCCAGCAGAAGCCCACACAACAAAAACGACCCAACCUACAGUCAAACCCCACAGUUCAAUGUAAACCUGCAGUUCAGGCAAAGCCCACAGUUUCAUCACAACCUGCCAACCAGGCAAAAGUCAAAGUUCAGAACAUGCCUCCUGGACAGAUCUCAGGUCAGUCAAAGCCCAAUAUUGCAACUACAUCUCUGUUAAAGCUUGUCGCUUCCACCAGUCCACAAUCAAAACCUGCUGUUGCAACAACCCUCCAGUCAAAGGCCACAUGUGCAGCUACAGCAGAUUCAUCAAAACCUGUUCCUCCCGCCGAAGCUCAAAUAAAGCCUCCUGUCUUGACGACACCACAGCCGAGUGCAGUUUCAGCUGCUUCUACCAAGCUAAAGUCCACAGCUGGUGGAAGUGCAGCUCAGUUAAAGCAGUCUACUCUUACAGCAUCUCAACCUGCUGCUUCAACCACAUCUGAGACAAAACCUGGUGUUUCUGAGACUGAUGUUGGGUCGAUGUCUCAGAAAACCCCAAAUCCACCAUCAUCGAACAAGGAAAGAGAUGAUCCACUCUCAUCAACUCCCACCUCUUCCCUUUCCUCUGAAGAAAGCUUGAAAGUGUCUGAUGGCACACAGCAGUGUGAUCGAAAGGCUGUUGAGAAUAAGAUGGAAACUUCCAAGACGGCGGCAACAGAAAAGCCAUGUCAUGACAGAGCUGCAAAGCCACAAGCUGGUGGGACUCCUCUUUCUGAUGCUUGUCUGCAAAGAGAAGUCAAGAAACUAAAGGAGGCAGACAAAGAUGGCACCCAAACUGUCAUUGAUGCGGGACAGAAGCAUUUUGGAGCAGUGGCCUGCACUAUAUGUGGGAUGCUCUACUCUGCUGCCAACCCCGAAGAUGAAUCUCAGCAUUUACUCUUCCACAAUCAGUUCAUCAGCGCUGUCAAAUACGUGGGAUGGAAAAAAGAGAGGAUUUUGGGAGAGUAUCCUGAUGGCAAGAUCAUUCUUGUCCUACCAGAUGAUCCCAAAUAUGCUCUAAAGAAGGUUGAGGAGAUCAGGGAGAUGGUGGACAAUGACCUCGGCUUCCAGCAGGUGGAGACCAAGAGUCCCUCUCAGACUAAAACCUUCCUCUUUAUCUCCAAUGACAAGAAAGUGGCUGGAUGCCUUAUAGCCGAGCACAUACAAAAGGGGUACCGGGUGAUUGAGGAGCCCGUACCGGAGGGUUCAGAGGGAGAGAAGGUGAUGUUUGAACAUCAGAGGGCUUGGUGUUGCUCCACCACGCCGGAGCCAGCGAUCUGUGGUAUCAGCCGCAUCUGGGUUGUCAACAUGAUGAGACGCAAGAGCAUCGCUUCACGUAUGCUCGAGAGCCUCAGGAACAACUUCAUAUAUGGCUCAUACCUGAGCAAAGAUGAGAUCGCUUUCUCUGACCCGACUCCUGAUGGAAAACUCUUUGCCACACAUUAUUUUGGCACUUCUCAGUUUUUGGUUUACAACUUUGUCAGUGGAAGACACUUGACCCAACCCAAAACUGAUGCAGUAUGACAGUCUUCAGGAGAGUUAAUGAUGAAUUUAACAGAGGCUCUCACUGAGUAACAGGACCCGUCCUCACUAAAACAGUGUCUGACACAGUGUCUUUAUUUGCGUAGCGAUUACAAAUACAUAAACUAUCUAACUGUAAAUUAUGCCUUGGAGAGGCUACACAUUGGUUAAAAUCUCAGGAUGAAAACAACAAGGUGUUGUUGAAAAUUUUUAUUAUUUCACCCUUUAAUUCUUCCCUACAUGGUAUUUUUUUUGGGGGGGGUGGCUAUUUUCCUUAUACAUUUUUAAGCAAGCAAUUGGUUUUAAUGAAAGUAUAGAACAUGCAUGACCUGACAGCAAUAGAAAACAAAAAGCAUUUUAUCGUUUUGUUUCUUUCAUCCCUGAGAGACAUAAGCGUACGAUCAAUUGAUGCCAUUAAAAAGUUAUUUUAGAGUUUGUCCUCAUUCGGUUGUAAUGUGUUUUUACGCCUAAAGUAAACUGUACAUGGUAUAUUUUUUUCAUGUCCAGCAGUUAAAAAUGAAGCAGCCAUUGUCUGAAGUUGCGGUUAAACAACAUCCAUAAUAUUUUAAGGUCACAACUGUACAUUGUACAUUUUAAGCAGUUUUCCACCUCCGUCUCCUCAGUUUCACUGUAAUUUUUCUUGCACCAUUUCAAACUAAUCAUUUAAACUAGGUGAUUUUUAUCAGCAGGACUCAUUUCAAAAAUCUGAUGAGAGAAACAUGGGUUAGAACUGUAGCUUGGGCAUUAACUCUGUGCUCUACCUUUCUAAGAUCACCUUACCUGAACUGUAGUUUUCCAAGCUGAGCCAUAAAGUGUACACCAUUUAGCAAGGCAUUGUAGCCUAUACUGUAUGAGUGUCUUUUAAUUUCAUCAAAGCUGUCUAUUGCUUUGUUUAUGCCUGAAUUAAUAAUGUGUGAUUUGCAAUGUUGAUUUUUUUUCUUUUCUUUCUAGCCAUAUGUUCAUCUCAACAGCAUUUGAUGUUUUAUUUAGUUAGUGUAGAGUAUCAUCCUCCUAUUCCUUAGUAACAACAAAUUUUAAAUGUAUUUCAAAUUAUCAUGUAGAGUUAUGCAUACUAUAAAAUGUAUAAUGGACAAUGCACAAGAUCUGGUUUAAUAUGGUAUUUGAAUGACGGUAAAUUUCAUCCAGGUUCAGCCUUUAUGAAUGCAAACAGGAAUAUUUGCCCAGUCGGCAUGAUAACAUGAACUUUUGCCUCUCAUCACACACAUUAACAGUAUCAUUGUAAUCCAGCCCUUAUUUUCUAUCUUUUGUUUAAGCAGUUGCUUUUAGACUGAUAUGUCGUGUAAGAAAAAUAAAUUUGAUUUAUACGAAGCUGUUAUGUAAAUAUUUAUUUAAAUAAUAAACUGUUUAAAAUGUC